AUGUAUAGCAACUUCAAGGAGCAGGCGAUCGAGUACGUGAGGCAGGCGGUGCAAGAGGACAAUGCCGGAAACUAUGUGAAAGCUUUCCCGCUGUAUAUGAACGCGCUGGAGUACUUCCGCACCCAUCUCAAGUACGAGAAGAACCCUAAAAUCAAGGAGGCCAUCACCCAAAAGUUCACCGAGUACCUCCGUCGCGCCGAGGAGAUCCGCGCCGUCCUUGACGAGGGUGGCCCUGGCCCCACUUCUAACGGCGGCGCCGCCAUCGCCACCCGUCCGAAGACCAAGCCAAAGGAUGGAGAAGAGGGCGGAGGGGAGGACCCCGAGCAGGCCAAGCUCCGGGCGGGUCUCAACUCGGCCAUCAUCAGGGAGAAGCCUAACGUCAAGUGGAAUGAUGUAGCAGGGCUUGAGAGUGCCAAGCAGGCCCUUCAGGAGGCCGUCAUUCUCCCCGUCAAGUUCCCGCAAUUCUUCACUGGUCCGUAUCAUUUUCUACUUGUGCAUUUUCUUGCUGUUGAUUGCUCCUCGCCAUCUAACCAUGAUGUCAUCCCCACUCUGCAUUCCAGAGUUUUGGCAUAGAACAUAAGUAUUCUCUGUGGAGCUUCCAUCGAGCUUUGUCUUCUUAUGUCAUAGCUCUCUCUAUUAAUCUUCUAUUAGAUUAGUUUUUUCAAAAUACGUGUUAAAAUUUGUGAGAAAAUUAUGUUUUUUUUUUCUUUCUAUGCUGCUUGUCCUCUGCUUCCUUAAUCCAAGAAAUCACUUUCUGACAUCACGUUUGGCAUCUGUGAAUAAGAUUGUCAGAAGUUCACAAACUUGUAUUCCCAAUUUACCAUUCUGUCGAUGAGUAAUAGUUAUCUACAGCUUUAUGUGGGAGCGCUUACCUGUGUAAAGGGAACAAAUGGUGAUGAUAUGAUACUUCCAUGUCAUUUUUUUGGAUAAGGGCCUGUGUGUUAUCCUCUUCUGAAACAAAUGGUGAACUGAUGAAAUGCUUAUCAUCUAAGAAAUAGGCAUCGGUCCUCGUUCAUGAGAACAUUUUUUAGGGUUGUGUCCUAAGACUAUAUUUCAUCAGAAUUUAAUAAUCCUGGACUUGUACUCAAGAAAGUAGUCCAACCAAGGAAAGUAAAAAGGCCUCCUGAGUGGGGAGAACCUAACAAAACCUGUAAACCGUGGCCCUGAACAGAUACAUCCGACAGACUGUGCAGACUACCUCCAAGGACAUACAACUAAACGCCUGAAUUAUGGCCGGUUUGGCAUCUACAUACAACAAGGUUAGAUUAUUAGGCUAAAUCUUCCAGUAAAAAAAUUCAACUGAGCCCUUGAUAAUUUGGAUAAUAAGUUGGGAUAAGAGCUGAAUUGUUUUUGGCCAUAUGACUGCUGGGCUCCAAAAUCACUUUGUCAUAGCCAUUAGGAUUAGGCCAAUGCCAACUUCGUAGCAAGCCACCUAUUCUACCAUCCUCUGUCUUCUCCAUGUCUCUAGCUUAAGUAUCAAGGGGUGCCAUAGUAGAUUGAUUGGAUAUGGACAUAGAAAGUGCAUCUGCACGUGGAUAAAUUUAUUUCCAACUAUUGCUCUAGAUGGUAGCUUACCAUGGGUAAUUUCCCAUAGCAAUAAUAUGGUGUCAAUUCGAAAGCCUCUACAAAACUUUAGACCCUCUGUCGUUGUAAUUUUCCGCAGAAUCUAAGCAAUGAUUUUAUCCCUUGGGUCCCUUCUCCAGUAUCUAGAUUCUUAAUCUGUAAUAUUUAAAUAUUAUUUUCUCGAAAUGUCAGGUGUUUGAUCUGGAUAUAAUUCGGGUGCUCACUUGGGCUGGACGGGUCUGUUUUGGGCUCAAGAUCGCAUAAUAUUUUGAGAAGAAUAAUUUGGGACCUUUGAAGAAACAAAUUUCUUGAUGUUUUCAAAGGAAUUUGCAACUCAAAGGAAGUGAUUUUGUUUUUAAGUAUGGAACAUGAAGAUUUUUGGUUUAAAUAAAAAGUAUUUGGACUGGGCAUUUAAACCAGUUUUUGACACUAAGCUACCAUUAAUUUGGCCAUUAAUUUGGGGGAUUAUGGCAUAAUCUACCAUUUGCUUGGUCAUUGAAUCUGAGUGAUUCUAAAAGUUUCUCAGAGUUACCUGCUAAAGGUUAUAUAACCUAAAUAUUGCUGCUUUUAAUUUUCUAUCCCACUUCCAUAGGUAAGCGGCGACCCUGGAGAGCAUUCCUUUUAUAUGGUCCACCAGGAACUGGAAAAUCAUAUUUGGCUAAGGCUGUCGCUACUGAAGCUGAAUCAACGUUCUUCAGGUACAUUUCAACCUUAGGGUGUGCUUCAGCAAGGCAGUUUUAAUGUGAAUUUUUUUAAAAAAAAUCAGUUUUAAUCAGUUUGUAAAGCUGUUACUGAUUCACAUUGCACAAAUCUCCUUCGGUUUUUGAGUAUCUUCAUGAUAAUUGCACAUGGCAUAACUUGUCUUUCUUCAUGAUCAUUUCCUUCAUCUACUAGUAAUUGUACUUUUGAUAGCGAGAUGAAAAUGCAUCAUAAUGUCUCGAAAAAGUAAUAUUUAACAAAAACAUGUCUUCUUGUGUUUAUUUAUUGCUAAGAAUAAAUCAGAACAUAUUUUUAGCAAGAAACAAGAUGUAACUGUAGAUAAAUAAGGCCAUUAAAUCUAUAGUAGAGGGAAUUCAAGGAGAAUCUUAUCUGGAAUAACCACAAAACUUGUUUUAAAAUUCAGGGAGAUUCCAACCAACAAGGUUGGAAUCUAAAGCCUACCAAGACAUUCAUAAUUCAGUGAAUGUCAAUGUUAUCCGAAACGAUAGUAGAAAGUACAGUCAGAUCCCAUAUGAAACCUUGGCUAUUUAUCAUUGUGUAGAACUUAUUGUUGGUAAAGAUGAUAAAGUGGCAUGAGUUGCAACCACUAUAACUCGAAGUUCGUAAAGUUCGUAGUUCACUAGUAUACCCUUCCUGCAGGCCUUCGUCAUAUAGAUUCACCCUCUUUGUUUUAAAAUUAAUUCGUAAGAUGUCGUUUUUGCUCUAAAUAAGAAAAAAAAUCAUAAGUCAGGGCCCUGUAGGAACGUCUAGCAUGUUAUAUGCUGGCAUGGACGCAUCAAAAUAACGGAACACCCAUUCGCACAUCCUAUGGUGUUGAAUAAACGCGGAUUUCAAGAGUGUACUUAGUGUAAUCUCCUUUUCCUCAUGUUUAAUUGCAGACUGUAUGUUUUCCUCUCAUAUCCUGCAAUUUCUGGUUCUCAUAUCUAAAUUAAUAAAAGAUGAAUCGUGGUUGUCUGUGCAGUAUUUCUUCAUCGGAUCUGGUUUCGAAAUGGAUGGGAGAGAGUGAGAAACUAGUUGCCAACCUGUUCCAGAUGGCCCGUGAAAAUGCCCCUUCCAUCAUUUUUAUUGAUGAAAUAGAUUCCUUAUGUGGUCAGCGUGGUGAAGGCAAUGAAAGUGAAGCUUCUCGACGAAUUAAAACAGAACUCCUCGUACAAAUGCAGGUUGGCGCAAGAGCAUAAUAUUUUAUACGCAAAACAGUGGCUGAGUUGACUUUUCCCUGGCUUUUUUCUCUUUUCCUUGUUUACUGUUCCUGCAACUGCUCUCUCCUUCUUCUCUUCCACUGGUGAGUUGUGUCUCCAGUUAUUGGGAAGGUCGUUGGUUCUUCUGAAACCAAUUCAACCGGGAACCGCAAUUUUAUUUUUUUUCAAAGUUAUUCCAAAAUAUUUGGAAGAAUUACAGUGCCCUGGUUCAAAUCGAUUGUUAAUGAGUGAAGUCCGUAUAUUUGAUGACAGGAUUUAACUCGUCUUAUUCCAUGUGGAAUUAUUUGCUCAUUCAUGUCCAGACCUUUUAUAUUAUGCUUUUUUUUUUAAUUUUUUGUGUAGGGCAGAAAAUGAAAAAGAAGGAGGGGGGAGCGAAAACGAGGUAUAUAGAAACCAGCUUAUACAUGACAAUCAGUGGAUUCUCUGUAAUGCCAGGGGAAGCAUUGAGCUUGAGAACUGGUUUCAACUGAGAAUCCACUGGGACACCUGUAAGAGCGUAAAUGUAUAUUACAUUGCAGCCGAUUUCUCUUCACCAGGCAUUGCUGAAAUGUACUUCUAACGUCUCAUAGUGUGAGGAAUUGGAGCUGAGAAACUGGUGGGGCGUGAGACUUGUUAAGUGAGAUGCUGAAUCCCUCUAAUACAGAUCUCUGUGUCCUCUACCUCGUUAAAUUUCAGAAAAAGAUCAGAAGUUGGGUUCUUAUACAUGAUUGAUUGAAGGACUAGGUUAGUAGUUUUGAUGUCAAGUUACCUUGUGUUUACUGAUUACAGUGAGAUUCAGCUCGGCCUGUGUAGCUCAUGCUUCGUUGACGCCUCCAAGGUGUCUGGCUAUGCCAUUUUCAUUAUAUAUAGUGCACUUUAGUAUAUCAAGUGGAAUGCUUUACACAAUAUUUACUAUGUAUAUAUAUAUAUAUGAGUUUAUAACCCAAUUCCCUGUUAAAAUCCCUCCAUAUCCUAGAUGCAUUUAGAUUCCAUUGGGUCUGCAGUUACCAAUGCAGCUGAAUAUGAGAAGUGUAUAUUUUUUUGGCUUGUUUGGGCAGGCUCAGUUUACCAUAGAGCUUUCCUCUGAAUUUUUUGUUGACUUUAUUUCUACUGUUCUCUCACUACUGAGGCUAGUUAUUCCUGUUGACUUCAGGGAGUAGGAAACAACGACCAGAAGGUUCUUGUGCUCGCAGCUACAAACACCCCAUAUUCUCUUGAUCAGGUUUUCCCUAAACACAUAACCACUGUAGAAUUACAUUUUUUUUCCUAAUUUAGUCUGAUUUUGUUCAUAGGAAAUGUUAAUUUCCCCUUACGAUGAACUCAACUUAUCCACAGGCCAUCCGGCGGCGUUUUGACAAGCGGAUCUACAUUCCCCUCCCUGAUUUAAAGGCCAGGCAGCACAUGUUCAAGGUUGUCUUCGCCUCAGACCUCGUUCUCCUAGGAGGGCUCUUAAGUUUUUUUCCUUUUAUUGGGGAAAUUGUCUCAACCCAUAUAAUCUUCAGGUGCAUCUCGGUGACACUCCUCAUAAUCUAACCGAGAGCGACUUUGAGUACUUGGCUCGCCGAACCGACGGCUUCUCCGGCUCCGACAUAUCCGUCUGCGUAAGCUUCCCCCACCCCCAAUUCCCCUCCUGAUCCAUCCAGCUCUGGCCCAUCCUGUAAAGAUAUGAUCUUUUUGCUAUUUGUGGGGCAGGUCAAGGACGUGCUCUUUGAGCCAGUGAGGAAAACCCAGGAUGCCAUGUUCUUCAUCAAGAACCCUAGCGACAUGUGGGUCCCUUGUGGGCCCAACCACCCUGGGGCCAUCCAAACGACGAUGCAGGAUCUUGCUACCCAGGGCCUGGCCUCCAAGGUAAACCACCUGAAGGAACCCCCCUACCGUGCCUCACCGCCAUCACCACCACUGCGGCUGCCGCCACUACCCAAUCUGCUGUGACUAAUUGGUUCACAUCUCUUCUCUUGUGUGAAAAAUAUUCCUUCUCCAGAUCCUUCCCCCGCCGAUUGCCAGAACAGAUUUCGACAAGGUGCUCGCCAGGCAGAGACCAACAGUGAGCAAGGGCGACCUGGAGGUCCAAGAGAGAUUUACCAAGGAAUUUGGAGAGGAGGGUUGA